AUGGCUAUAUGGUAUGGUGAAAGAGAUCAAGGUCCAUGGUUUAGUGGUUUUGAUUUUGGAAUUAAUUCUAAAAAUUCGUGCUGUUGUAAUAAUAAUUACAAUGUACCAUAUGCAUAUGAAAAACUUAUCACAUCAGAAGAUGGUUGCUUUAGUGCUGAUGAAUUUGAAGUAUUCGAAAUUUGUAGAAUAGAUAAAAUGUAUGAGACGGAUGAAAUGGAUGAGACGGAUGAAAUGGAUGAGAUUGAUGAAAUGGAUGAUAUUGACGAGAUGGAUGAGAUCACAAUUUAUAAUGAACAUUAA